AUGCAGGCCUUUGUCUUACAGUUCCCAAGAGCAGAAAGAUUUACCUUGAGCCUACGCAUCAUUGAUAUGAUCAAUGUUCCAUUGGUUGUUGGCACAGCUUAUGUCAAAUGGCAAUUACCGUCAUCAGUCUCUGCGGACCAUAAUGGUCACACUGAAAAGGCCUUGCUCCAUGAUCAUAGGGCCUCGUGGGAUUAUGAGAAACUGAUGGUCGUUAGACUAACGGUCGAUCGAAACCAGAUGCUACAAGAUUGUGACCUUCAGUUUGAUAUCUUCCAAGAGUUCACCGCAGGAAACCGUGCCGAUAAGGUACCAUUGGGAAAUAUCAAAUUGAACCUUGCGGAAUAUGUCGAUAAGACUGAAAGUGAUGAGGGAAUUAUGAGAAGAUAUCUGAUGCAGAAUAGCAAGAUCAAUGCCACGGUCAAGAUUGGUAUCGGAAUAUCCCAGAUUGAAGGCGACAGCAACUUUAUUGCGCCACCACUCAAGCCCGCUACCGUAUUUUCGGGUAUUGCUGGGGUUAUGUCAACUGAGCAUGGAGAAAUAAACGAUGAUGGUCACAUCCCUUCAAUCAAUAACAGGGGUCGCGAGUAUAGUGACCUUCAAGAUAUGUACCGCUCUACUUUGGCUGCUGCUUGGGCGACUCUACCCGAUGAACUACCUCCAGAUCAACUGAUAGAAAAUAUUUUUGCUGGCGGAGAUGGUUUCCCCUCCAAUUACUCACGCCCUAAGGUAGAAGAUGAGGAAGAAGACGACGGUAAUGACUCAUUGAGUGAUGCGGGUUCACAUCAAACUGUUCGUGAUAGCAAGAAUUCCCCAGGCCAUAGUCCAAAAGUCAAGUACCCCUAUUCUGCCCAUUCCAGAAGUGACAGCAGACAUUCCGAUUUUUCCUUUGGUGCUACCGGAAAGGAAAGGACCGAUACGCAUGCCUACGAAAGACCUGGUGGCAAAAGGAGAAAGAAAAAGGCCCUCACAGAAUUUGAUUUCAGAGAAGACCUUCGCAGCUGGGAUGUUUCCUGGGCGAAGGAGGAUCGGCAGCAGCAUUAA